AUGGUUUCAAUUAAAACAGAAAUUACCAUCAACGCACCUCCACAAGCAGUCAGAAGCACCUUCUUGGACUUUGAGUCGCAUGCCAAAUGGAAUCCAUUCUUUGUUCGUGUGAAGGACGUUGGAGAGGUCAAUCCAGGCACUGGUUUGGAAAUCGACAUGAAACUCAAGGGAGAGACCACUGUACGUACCAUGAAGCCCGUUGUGUUGGUGAAUUCCGAGGACGAAUUGAAAUGGAAAGGAAACUUAGGGUUUGAUUCUGUUUUCGUAGGAGCACACUACUUCAAGUUCGAAAGUAUCGAUGAUGGAGCUGCCACCAGAUUGGUGCAGGGCGAGGACUUUGGAGGGUUUUUGGUGCCUGUGUUAAACUUGGUGGGACUUUUCGAGAAGACCAAGGCCAGUUUUGAGGAUCUCAAUGAGGCUUUGAAGAAGGAGGCCGAGAGUAGGGCAUGA